UAUCCAUCAGUUGGUGGACGAGUGAGUCGGGAGUUGAAUUACACGCGGCAGAAGAUUGGAGAAGAGGCCAUGUUUAACCCCCAGCUCAUGAUCCAGACUCCACAGGAAGAUGGUGCUAACGUACUAACAACAGAAGCACUCCGGCAGCACCUUGACUCUGCGCUUCAGGCCAGCAGAGUACAUGUCUAUAUGUACAACAGACAGUGGAAAUUGGAACAUUUGUGUUACAAAUCAGGAGAACUCAUCACAGAAGCAGGUUACAUGGACCAGAUCAUAGAAUAUCUUUAUCCUUGCUUAAUUAUCACUCCUUUGGACUGCUUCUGGGAGGGAGCAAAGCUACAGUCAGGAACUGCAUAUCUAUUAGGGAAGCCUCCUUUGCAGUGGACCAACUUUGACCCGUUAGAAUUCUUGGAAGAGUUAAAGAAAAUAAACUACCAAGUAGAGAGCUGGGAAGAAAUGCUGAAUAAAGCAGAGGUUGGUCAUGGUUAUAUGGAUCGACCCUGCCUGAAUCCUGCUGAUCCCGAUUGCCCAAUCACAGCUCCCAAUAAAAAUUCCACCAAACCUCUUGAUGUAGCCCUUGUUUUGAGUGGUGGAUGCUAUGGACUGUCAAGAAAAUACAUGCAUUGGCAGGAGGAGUUGAUUAUAGGUGGUACUGUCAAGAACAGUUCUGGUAAACUUGUCAGUGCCCAGGCUUUGCAAACCAUGUUUCAGUUAAUGACUCCUAAGCAAAUGUAUGAGCACUUCAAGGGGUAUGAAUAUGUUUCACAUAUCAACUGGAACGAAGAUAAGGCAGCGGCAAUUCUGGAAGCAUGGCAGAGGAUGUAUGUUGAGGUUGUUCAUCAAAGUGUUGCACAAAACUCUACUCAGAAGGUGCUUUCCUUUACUACGACCACCCUGGAUGACAUCCUGAAGUCGUUUUCUGAUGUCAGUGUUAUCAGAGUAGCUAGUGGCUACUUACUGAUGCUUGCCUACGCCUGUUUAACAAUGCUGCGGUGGGACUGUGCCAAGUCUCAGGGUGCCGUGGGGCUGGCAGGAGUCUUGUUGGUUGCACUCUCUGUGGCUGCAGGAUUUGGCCUGUGCUCAUUGAUUGGAAUUUCCUUUAAUGCUGCCACGACUCAGGUUUUGCCUUUUCUUGCUCUUGGAGUUGGUGUAGAUGAUGUUUUCCUUCUGGCACAUGCAUUUAGUGAAACGGGGCAGAAUAAAAGAAUUCCAUUUGAGGACAGAACAGGUGAAUGUUUGAAGCGAACAGGAGCGAGUGUAGCCCUUACAUCUAUCAGCAAUGUUACUGCUUUCUUUAUGGCUGCCUUAAUCCCUAUUCCUGCUUUACGAGCAUUUUCACUCCAAGCAGCAGUUGUGGUGGUAUUCAACUUUGCUAUGGUUCUGCUGAUUUUUCCUGCUAUCCUGAGCAUGGACCUGUAUCGUCGGGAAGACAGGAGACUGGAUAUAUUCUGCUGUUUUACAAGUCCGUGUGUCACUAGAGUGAUUCAGAUUGAGCCUCAAGCAUAUGCGGAAAACGACAGUACUUCCUACAGCCCUCCACCGCCGUACAGCAGUCACAGUUUUGCACAUGAAACUCAGAUUACAAUGCAGUCUACAGUGCAGUUGCGCACAGAAUACGAUCCUCAUACGCAGGUGUACUACACCACAGCAGAGCCUCGUUCGGAAAUAUCUGUGCAGCCAGUGACAGUGACACAAGAUAAUCUUAGUUGCCAGAGCCCAGAAAGCGCAAGCUCGAUGAGGGAUCUGCUUUCCCAAUUCCCAGAUUCCAGCAUGCAUUGCCUUGAGCCACCCUGUACAAAGUGGACACUGUCAUCUUUUGCAGAAAAGCAUUAUGCUCCCUUCCUGCUAAAACCAAAAGCUAAGAUUGUGGUUAUUUUUCUUUUUCUGGGUUUACUUGGGCUCAGCCUGUAUGGAACUACCCGGGUGAGAGAUGGACUAGAUCUCACAGACAUUGUACCACGGGAGACACGGGAGUAUGACUUUAUUGCCGCACAGUUCAAGUACUUUUCGUUCUACAACAUGUAUAUUGUGACGCAGAAGGCAGACUAUCCAAAUGUCCAGCACUUACUUUAUGAACUUCACAGAAGUUUCAGCAAUGUGACAUACGUUUUGUUGGAAGAGGACAGGCAGCUUCCCAAAAUGUGGUUGCACUACUUUCGAGACUGGCUGCAAGGACUUCAGGAUGCAUUUGACAGCGACUGGGAAACUGGGAAAAUCACUUACAACAAUUAUAAAAAUGGAUCUGAUGAUGCUGUGUUGGCUUACAAACUCUUGGUACAAACAGGCAACCGAGCAAAGCCCAUUGACAUCAGCCAGUUGACUAAACAGCGUCUGGUGGAUGCGGAUGGAAUCAUUAACCCAAGUGCUUUCUACAUCUACCUGACAGCCUGGGUUAGCAAUGACCCUGUGGCCUAUGCCGCCUCGCAAGCCAACAUCCGGCCUCACCGCCCAGAGUGGGUCCACGACAAAGCAGACUACAUGCCAGAGACGAGGCUGAGAAUUCCAGCAGCUGAGCCCAUAGAAUACGCUCAGUUUCCUUUCUACCUCAAUGGAUUGCGUGAAACUUCUGACUUUGUGGAAGCUAUCGAAAAAGUGAGAGCUAUCUGUAGUAACUACAGCAGCCUGGGGAUCGCCAGCUACCCAAACGGUUACCCGUUUCUGUUUUGGGAGCAGUACAUUGGGCUUCGUCACUGGCUCCUCUUAUCCAUUAGCGUGGUUUUGGCUUGCACGUUUCUGGUGUGUGCCCUCUUCCUCCUAAACCCCUGGACGGCUGGGAUCAUUGUGGUGGUGCUGGCUCUGAUGACUGUGGAGCUGUUUGGCAUGAUGGGUCUUAUUGGAAUAAAGCUGAGUGCAGUGCCUGUGGUUAUCCUGAUUGCUUCUGUUGGCAUUGGCGUGGAAUUCACUGUUCACGUUGCUUUGGCGUUUCUAACUGCCAUAGGAGACAGGAACCAUAGGGCUGUCCUGGCACUGGAACACAUGUUUGCGCCAGUGCUGGAUGGCGCCGUGUCCACUCUGCUUGGAGUGUUAAUGCUCGCAGGAUCAGAGUUCGAUUUUAUUGUCAGGUAUUUCUUUGCUGUUUUGGCAAUCUUAACCAUUCUGGGAGUUCUCAAUGGAUUGGUGCUGCUUCCUGUUCUUCUUUCAUUCUUUGGACCAUACCCUGAGGUUUCUCCAGCCAAUGGACGGAACAGAUUGCCCACACCGUCUCCUGAGCCGCCCCCCAGCAUCGUGAGGUUUGCGCUGCCACCCGGGCACACGAAUAAUGGGUCAGAUUCCUCUGACUCAGAGUACAGCUCUCAGACCACAGUGUCCGGCAUCAGUGAAGAGCUUCAUCAGUACGAGGCCGCGCACCGCCCUGGGGCACCAGUCCAUCAAGUAAUAGUGGAAGCCACUGAGAAUCCUGUCUUUGCGAGAUCCACUGUGGUUCAGCCAGAGACGAGGCACCAGUCGAGUCCCAGAUUACAAUCGAGUCCGGAGUCCGGCACGCAGCAGGCGUGGUGCCAGGGCCGGCAGCCCAAACGGGACACGAGGGAAGGGCUACGGCCACCUCCUUACCGCCCGCGCAGGGACGCCUUCGAAAUGUCUGCUGAAGGGCAUUCAGGGCCCAGCAGCAGGGAUCGCUUGGGCCACAGGGCUCGUUCUCACAACGUGAGGAGCCCAGCGUUGGGCGCCGUGGGGCCGGCAUACUGCCAGCCGAUCACUACUGUGACUGCCUCGGCUUCAGUGACUGUUGCUGUCCACCCUGCGGUGCACGGCCACAGCUCUCGGGGAGCGGGCUUUCCGUCCUAUGAGGGAUACCAUGAAGCUGACCAUGGGCCAUUUGAGGACCCCCAUGUGCCUUUUAACGUGCGGUGUGAAAGAAGAAAUUCUAAAGUAGAAGUUAUAGAGCUGCAAGAUGUUGAAUGUGAGGAAAGGAUACCUGGCAACAGCUCACAGUAAGGGUAAUAACUGAAGCAAAGAAGAGGCCAAAGAUGGAAAACUGUAUUUCCAGAACUGCUUGAAGAGAAGAACUGCUUGAAGUUGUAGAAAAGGACAUGCUGCAUCAGGACAACAGUUCAUUGUUACUGUAACCUAUUGUAUUAUU